UUUACGCUUCAGGGGAUGGGGUGGGGGCGUCCUUGCUUUUGCCAAUCUCCGAGGAGGAUAAUAGCCGAGAGGACUCGGAGCUGGAUCGAAAGGUGAAAGUGGAGACGAAUCAAAUCCGCCCGCACAACCUCGAGGGGCAACAGGUUCUCGCCUGGUUGACGGAGCAGGGGGAGUACGCGCUAGACACGAUUCAGAUGCGGAAGCUUUCUCGUGAGGCGCGCCUCUGGGAGGAGGCCGCCAAAAACCCGCUGCCCAAGCAAGGGACAGCAACCGGUGCCAAAGCUACUGAGGUGUAUGUGUACAAUUACAUGCAACUGGCCACCUGCAGCAGUGAGGACGGAAAGUUGAUAGAUGUGCACAAGAACACGCAUGUGAGCAGUGGCGGAGGCUUCUUCGAUCUCGACUGCCACCCUCUGGGAGAGGGCGGCGGCCACAAGCCAGAUAAUAUAGCUCACCGAAAACCGAGCAUGAGCCCCGCGGGGGUUUACAACCUAUGGCGACACAGGCACCCACACUGAUUGGCCACUACGAAGGAAAGGGAAUGGCGUUGAACGUUGUUACUUCUGAUUUGUGGCCAAAGUUCAAGCUGUUACCUCAAGAGCAAAUAGCACACACUUUUUAAUAUUGUUAUUAAGUAAGAAAGCCAAGUAAAAAAGCGAGCGACGUUCCCUUGUCCACCUCGGCGUUCUGUCUCAAUCAGGAGAAGUGGCGCCAUUCAUACGACUGGUAUGCAGAGAGGCAUGAUUUCUUGGCAGAGAAGUGGAAAACCGCAAUCGGUGACAGGUUUGAGCCUGUGGAGAACUACCUCUCAGAAGCGUACAGCAAAUUUUGGGAUGGCCUACAUCACCUCCGAAAGCUCACGUUAAGCUACUAGUCUGUCUUUAGUCUCUAUCAAUACUAGACUAUCUUCUACUUAUCCACCAUGCGUCAGUCUUCAGUCUCAUCUAUCUACUUAUGUAUCUGCACCUGGUGUCUUCAGUCUCAUCUAUCUACUUAUCUACUUAUCUAUUCAUAAUUUAUGAUCUGUCUUCAGUCUGAUCUAUCUACUUAUCUAUUUUAAACGCCAUCUAUAUGACGGUCUGCACUGAACUGUGUCUGUGUGCGAGGUUUAUUGUAUUGCAUUGCGUUGUCGUGAUGUGAUGUAGAUGUAGUUCCUAGGAUCGUCGACAACUCCGUGUAAAUCUUGCUCGGCACCAGACAAAUUAUGCAUGUUUCUUGAACUUGAACAAAGGCAGUCACUUAUCUUGCUGUUAUCAGAACGUUGGUCUCGUGGUCAUUUGCUACAGUACGCGAUUGUUAUCAUAACAUGGCCCUCGUGAUCAUUGCCUACAGUACUACAUGAUCUUCCUCUAACAAGGAACGCAGAAGUUUAUGGAAGAGGAAAGAAGGGGGAAACAGCAAAGGAAACGGCGCUCGGCGGUCCUGGCACCGCAGAGUUACGGGUCAACAGCAUUUUUUUUCUUUUUACUCGAAAGCAGGAAGACUAUAGAAUUAUCUACAUCAGGGCCUACAGCUUGUUUUAGCUAAUAUUUUACUCGAGAACUGAAGAUAAGCGGGAUUUUUGACUGAAGUAAAAGUAGAAUCUUGCCCACAUUCCUCUUCGUUUUUCAGUGCCUCGCCUAUUUUAUUUAUGUAGUUGCUACUCGGUUACGGUUACUGCAGUUCAUCGAAUAUAGAGGAUGAAAAAUAACCGGCUAGGUUUCCACCCUCUAUCCUACUUAGGUUUAUCCCACCAUGCCACUUCUGUGCAUCGUGUCACAAUCGUCGACCGGCUCUACCGAUGACGCGAGGUGAGAUGCUUGAGCAUCUCAACGGGGCAGUCUGCCGCCCGAUGCCCAAGCCUGGAGGCCUAGGGGCUGCAGCAGCUCAGGUGGCGGAGAUCAUGGAUAUGCAGUCUGAGAAGCGGAAGAGGAUCGAGGUACUUCAACAAAGUGCUGGCCUUUUCGUGGCAGUCGGGGAGAGAGGUAGAGGUGGCAGGACCGGGCAAGAGCUAGCACUAGACGCAUCUGCUGGAGCCCUUCUCAAACUAAGACGUCACUGCUGUAGCAGAGUACUCAGCACGCAUGUCCAAGCCAUGAGGAAGCACCGUGAGCAGCACCUUGAGCAGGACGCUAUCAAGAUAUAUAGGGUGAGGAGGUCUGGAAUGCUUAGGCCCGAGCAUCUCCAACCACUGCCAACAGGGGGACUCAAUGGAGGAGCAGACGCGGCGGCGCACGGAGUAGAAAUCCCCAAGGCAGCAAGAUGCACCGGAGAGAGCGCAGGAGAAAAAGGAAUCAAAUGCAGGCACUGCGAAAAAGCAAAAUGGAACUACAAAACGGCAAAAGUGCAAGCAAAAGCGAUCGUAGUAGGGAAAUGGCGGAAGCAUGGGGAGAGAUGUCGAGGAGGGCGAAGAUAAUUAACAAUGCACACCCGUCAGUAAAAAUGGCUGGGUAUAUCAUCAUCAUCAUCUCAACUACUACUCCACUACCUCGAGGCCCUUUUCAAUCAACUGCAGGCUGUUCUUACUUGAAUUAGUGUAGUCGCAAACGUACUCGUUGUGUAUGAAGAUGAACAUCAAGAGGACGAGUGCUCUCAAACGUAUGAAAACAGCGACGGGCUUUGUGUCUGAGUUCCGAUACGUCGUUCCUUGGGGACAGACUAGCUCGGGAGGAAGCCCGGAGCCUCUACAGAAAAAACGCAACGUCUUUACAACUACGUACUAGAGCCUCUAUUUUUCCUCUCCGGCCUCAUUUGCGUUGUCUGAGAAUCGAGCGCUUUUCACAAAGGAGCGCUCUCUUCUAGUUAUUUCUUAAUCCAAGAAGUAUCAAAAAGUCCCGUGUAAAAGAAGUAGAUUGUGAGCGCCGUUAUUUCCUGAUCUUCUAAAAAGAUAUAAUCUGGCAAAAGCGCGUGCGCGAGAAUUUUCGCUCGCGUCGCUCGUGAUAUUGAGGGAGAAACUGGGGCUGGGUGCCGCGAUGCCGAAACGCGAUGAUCUGCUCUCAGACUCAGAAGGGUUUCCAGUGUAGAUCAUGAAGGCGAUCAUCUAGUAUUAAGGCUACAAGGAAUCCGUCUUCACUGUCAUCCUGGGCCCGUUUUUAAAGGGAAAAGGAGACCACCCAAGACGCUGCUGCAGAUGGAUUGCGCUCAGUUCUAACGUCAAGGUUGACGGAAACGAGGAUGGAGGAGGAGGGGAUAUGAGGCGGGAACGAUCUACUCAGGUGGCUUAUGAUCGUUCUCAGUACUAGAUGGUACUGGUGGAGGUGGUAUCAAAUACAAAUACUUACAAGAAAUUCCUUUUGUUGAGUCAAGAAUUGACGAGAAGGGGGAGGGGAAAUAGG